UCACUGAUAUUUUCCUUUAGUGAUGCGCCGUUUUCCGAGUCGAACAGACGACGACGCUUGCAAAGCUCAACGACGUCGCGACGCUAGUCCACGUGUUCAGCUGACUUGUUGAAAAAUUACUCAUUUGAGAAAAUCAAUCCUGGAUUAAUUUAAAGUUUUUAUGGUGGCGUCCUUCUAUUGUAGAGGAAAAAUAAAUAAAAUCGGACAGACCGGCUAUAAAGCAAAUCUAAAAGCUCUGCAAAUUGCCUGGCAAUAAGAAAUAAAAGUUUAUUAAGCCAUUUAGGCAUCGUUAAAAGUGUUUACAAUUCAACUAAUGCCACAUUAAGUGCUACAGCACAUUUAACGUACGAAACUUAAAACUUAGCUGUGUGUAUUUUUAUUGUGCUCGACGAUGUUCUGGCUGCGAUUGGUUUGUUCGGUCUUGUUCUUCUUAGCUGAAGGAUCCUGGUCGUUGAAAUCGGUGAGGAUCCGAGUGCCGGAAGUAGUCAAAUCUGGUGAAACGGUGACGUUAUCGUGCGAAUACGAUCUCGAAGAGGUAGCUCUGUACACAAUCAAAUGGUAUUGGAAAGAUGUGGAGUUCUACCGCUUCGUCCCUAAAGAGUCUCCACCGUUUCGAGCGUUCACAAUGAAAUACAUUAACGUCGAUAUAUCCCGCUCCGGCCCGACACAGGUAACCCUCCGUGGGGUUCGUCGGGAGCUAACCGGCGACUACAAGUGCGAAGUCUCAGCCGAUGGGCCCCUAUUUCACACCGAUAUCAAAGUGGCACACAUGAUAGUCGCAGAGCUGCCCAACGGUAAUCCCAUGAUGAAUAUCGAACAGACCAAGGUGGAGAUUGGCAAGAAGAUAAAGGCAGAUUGCUACUCGCCUGGGUCCGAUCCGGCCGCCAAUCUCACCUGGUUUAUCAACGACGAACAGGUUAGUGAAGAAACCGACAGUGUGAAACUCCACCCCAUCGAAAUCGAAACUGACAAUGCUCUAGGUCUGCAUUCAGCCAAAUCUCGAAUCGAGAUAACGACAAAUAGGGCACAUUUUAUUUUGGGGUUUAUGGUUGUAAAAUGCGACGCGCGAAUUUAUUCACUCUGGCAUAGGGUUGUUGAAGAUCAUGUCAGAGACGAUACGCCCCAAUUAGCACCGGUUUUGGGAUCGACGUCGUCGCAGAGUCAAGUUGACGAGAUAAUAGAUGGGAAUGGAAGUGGACAUCUGGGUUUCAGUGCUCUGUGUGUGGUAAACUUUCUUUUAGUAAUGGUAGUGUUAAGAUAAUGAAAUCUUGAUUGGUAAAAAGUGAAGCGUGCCUAAAUUUUGUUUAUUCUUUUACGAUUUUAUACAAAUUUUCAGUCUGAGCUGGGGUUAGAUUGGAAAUUUGUGACUCGUUGAUUAUUAAAUUAUUGUGGUUCCUUUUAUGAUUGUUGUUUUAUACCCAUGAUGGCAAUAAAAUGACGGAGGAAUAGAACUGUAAUAUAUUCUGUAUACAUACGAGUAAAUCUGAUACUUUUAGUAUGUACAUGUACAAAAUGUGAUACUAUUUAGUCAGUAAGGCCAUGUUAUUGUUAUAGUGGUAGAGUUUUUAAUUUAUGAACGAAAGACUAACUAAAACUUUUAUAGCAAUUUUCCGAUGGUCGUGCAACUAAGUGUUUACAUGAAGCGCUUCAAAGUCAUAAUUUCGUUUGUGUAAUAAGUGUAGAUGUUGAGUUUGUUCUAGGUAAUAAAGUUUUGAACCGUAACAA